GGUCCAACGGCUAGUUCGGUAUAUUCCCAUUCGGUCCCAUCUGAAGAACGCCACCGACCUCACCCUUUUACAGCUCGAUCGGCUCCGCCAUGGUCGUUCUCAUCUUCCUUCUCUCUCUUCACCUUUUUCUUCCCUUUAAAAUCUCUCUUUCUAUCUCAUUCAUGACCACCCAGCUUCCCUCUCUCCCCCAACCCUAGAGAUCGAUUCUCAGUAAUCUGAAAAAUGCACAGAAAAAGAUCUCUCCUUUUCCAGAAAGUCUCGAGUCUCUUGAAGACUCCCCUGUUGGUCCCCAAACUCAGAAAACCCAUCAUUCCCAAGCUUCUCUUGCUCAAGCGAUUCAAGAAACGCAAGGACUUCAAGCUUCUCAUGCAUUACAACAACGGCUUCCACGGUGAGUAUCAGUUCUCGCCUUCGAGCACCCCCCUCAUUCGAUUCCAUCGAACAGAGCGCGUCAAGAACAGAGUAGACUACAGAGAUUUAUGCUCCUUGCUGUUUCUGGUUCGGUGUUUGGGUGAUUUCAGAGCUGAAGUUAAGGGCUUUAAUGGCGGAUUUGGUGAGAGGCAGCUUGAGGAAGAUCUGUCGGUUCCCGCCACCGGAGAUGGGGAAGAGGACUUGUGUGAGCCGUUGGAUUCAGAUGACGGAGAUGAGUCGGUUGAUCAGAAGGCUGAGAGGUUCAUUGAGAGAUUCUAUCGGGAGAUGAAGCUGCAGAGGCAAGACUCCAUUUAAUCAUUACGUCAAUGAUUUUUCUCUUUUUAAAAUAGUUUAUUCAUUAUUUGAUUUUGUUUGGUUCUCCGCAAUUAUAUUUUUAUUUUUUAUAUAUAUAAUUGCGGAGUUGGUUUCGUAUAUUUUUUUUAACUCUAUUUUUAUCAUGAAAUUGUGUUAUUUGUGGUACAAUAAUGUUGCUCUGAUGCUUAAAGGGGUAGUCGAAUUCAAUAUUAUUUUUGUUGGAUUUUU